CGACUGUACAACCCACAGCGCCAAUGGCAUCGCUAGAGCGUCUUGAGGGCCUCCCGGCCGAGCUUCUGCUGAUAUGGCACACUCAUCGCGUACCUCUCCUGCUGUCGGCGGCGUCCCUGAUUGCGAUUGUACGGCUCACGAUAUAUAUGCGCAGUAGAAGGACGAAGAUUUCGCUCUCGCCGGCUCCCUCGUCACCCGUCGCGAAGGUCAAUGCGGUCGAGUUGAAGCCCGAAUGGCUUCCCGAGAGCACUACUCUUGAUUCGAGGACGUCGAACCUGGAUAAUCAUACGGAGGAUACAGUGGUGGUUGCGAAGUUAAAGAAAGGACCGAAGACAGUCAGGGGCAGGAAGCUCCCACGAAGAAAGGCAGAGGCGCCGCCGAACUUCUACCACCAAACGGACAAGAUUCAGCCGCUUAUAUUUUUCCAAUCGCUCUCAGGGACGACGGAGCGGUACGCCGCACAAUGCUCCAAAGCUCUCACAGAGUGGACUUCUGGCUGCGAUCAAUCUACCUCUUUCCUCCAACCGCAGCUUCAUGACCUCUCAUACAUCGAAUAUGACGACUACUUCAUUAGCCCGCCCAAGGCCGAACCGCACAUCAAGCACUUCUACCUUGUCCUCCUGCCUACAUACAACAUCGACACCGUGCUUAGCACCUUCCUCGAGAACCUGCAGGAUACGCACAAUGAUUUUAGGAUUGAUACUGCACCGUUGAGUGGCUUGCUGGGAUACUCUGUUUUCGGGUUUGGAGAUAAAGAGGGAUGGCCAACAGAGGAGGAGGGCUUUUGCAGUCAGGCGAGGGAGGUGGAUAAGUGGAUGGCGAGGUUGACGGGGAGGAAGAGAGCGUAUCCGUUAGGGAUGGGGGAUGUGAAGAGUGAUGCUGAGAUGAGGAUGGAAGAAUGGCGGAUAGGUGUUCAGGAGGCGCUGGUGGAGAUUGCCGAAGGAAGGGGCCUGGGCGAGGGAGUCUCCGGGAGUGGCGAUCCGGCCGAGAGUGAUGAAGAGGAUGUCGAUGUCGCGGAACAUAGAGACGCACGACUGGACGACGUUGAAGAUUUGGGUGCCACGGUCGAUGCUUCAACCGCUCCAGUCCCUGUAGACUUCACGACCUAUAAGUCUAGGACUAUCUCCAAACCGACACCCAAAGAAAUGGUGCCGGUUACUUCUCCCACUCACGCCGCCCUCACAAAACAAGGCUAUACAAUAAUCGGUUCACACUCCGGCGUCAAAAUAUGCCGCUGGACCAAAUCUGCCCUCCGAGGCCGCGGCUCUUGCUACAAAUACUCCUUCUACGGUAUCCAAUCCCACCUCUGCAUGGAGGCUACGCCCUCGCUCUCCUGCUCCAACAAAUGCGUUUUCUGCUGGCGCCACGGUACCAAUCCUGUGGGCACAACGUGGCGUUGGGUCACCGAUGCCCCGGAACUAAUCUUCGACGGCAUCACUACAGCGCACUACAAGAAGAUCAAGAUGAUGAAAGGCGUGCCUGGCGUGCGAGCUGAACGCUUCGCAGAGGCGAUGCGAAUACGGCAUUGCGCGCUGAGUCUAGUUGGAGAACCUAUCUUCUACCCGCAUAUCAACGAGUUAUUAGAGAUGAUGCACAAGGAGCGCAUUUCAACGUUUCUGGUUUGCAAUGCCCAGCACCCGGCCCAACUCGCCUCCCUUAUCCCCGUCACGCAACUGUACGUCUCCAUCGACGCCUCCAAUAAGGACAGCCUCCGCAAAAUCGACCGCCCACUACACCGCGACUUUUGGGAGCGGUUCUGCGCGUGCCUCGACAUACUCCGGAAUAGGCGUUUCGAGCAGCGGACCGUGUUCCGGCUUACCCUAGUCAAGGGCUUCAACAUGGCUGAGGAAGUUAAGGGAUACGCGGAUCUGGUGGAGAGAGCAUUGCCCGGAUUCGUCGAGGUCAAGGGCGUCACAUAUUGCGGUACCUCCGCAGCUGGUAGCGCCGGCCUCACCAUGCAGAACGUCCCAUUCUACGAAGAAGUUGCGCAAUUCGUCACUGAACUCGAGAAGGAGCUCAUAUCCCGCGGGCUUAGCUACGGUAUCGCGGCCGAGCAUGCGCAUUCGUGCUGUAUCCUCCUCGCUGACUCUACGCGCUUCAAGAGGAGUGGCAAGUGGGCUACGAGGAUCGACUUUGAGCGCUUCUACGACCUGUACGAGGGCAAGGUGCAGGGGACGAGGACGGAUGAGGAAGGAAAAGUGGUGGGCUGGAGACCGGAGGAUUAUGUCGGCGAGGAGACGCCGGAGUGGGCGCUUUGGGGAAAUGGUGGCUUUGAUCCACGGGAUCAGCGCGUGUGGCGGAAAGGGAAGGCGCCGAAGAGUGAAGGAGGAAGUGUGGGUAUGGGGGCUAAAAAGGGCGACGUUGCAGUUCUAGAGAUCUGAUCCGUAGACAUUGCGCCAGGUAGUUCAUCGAAGUCCUUCG